UCUGCGACAGCGUUCGAACGUGAGGCUAUUUAAAACUGUGCGCAGGCCCCUUGGCGCCGAGUCGACAACUAAUGAUCAGUGCUGCUCUGUCUACCGAGUGCGUUACAACACUGUGAACUGUGUUUACACAAGAAGCAAUCCCGUCAGUGUUUGUUUAGUUACAGAAGUUUCUACUAUACACGUGAAAAUGGCUGACAGUGGUCUCAAGAGAAAUAUUCCCAUCAAACUUGGUGACUUUUCUGUCAUCGACACCGAAUUCUCAAGCAUCAGGGAAAGGUUCGACGCCGAAAUGAGGAAGAUGGAAGAGGAGAUGAGCAAAUUCAGAUCAGAACUCAUGAACAGAGAAAGCAAUAAUUUCUUCAAGAGCACAACAAGCUCGACCACGUCCACACAACACAGCGACGGCAGACAGCUGGCUGAGCCCAGCCACUGGGACAGUAUGAACUCCCCUCUGAUCCAAGACGAAGGUGACGGCAAAUCCCUGAAGCUCCGAUUCGACGUCAGCCAGUACACACCAGAAGAAAUCGUCGUCAAGACAGUAGACAACAAACUAUUGGUGCACGCAAAACACGAAGAGAAGUCGGAUACCAAGUCAGUGUACAGAGAGUACAACAGAGAAUUUCUGUUGCCCAAGGGCACCAACCCAGAGGCCAUUAAGUCGUCGCUGUCCCGUGACGGUGUGCUCACGGUGGAAGCACCCCUGCCGCAAUUGGCGAUCACCGACAGAAACAUCCCCAUCCAGAAACACUGAGCGAAUCUCCAGCUUGCGACCCACAGCAGCUAUUCCAUACUGUUAAUAAUUUAUUUUUAAUUUACGUCUUAUUUUUACUUUGUAAGGAGUUUUGGCGAAAUUCUCAUAUUUAUUUUGAAUCUUUAUAGAGAAUCUCGAAAUUGAUUAACAUUUUCUUUGUAAUCGGUCAAUUACUUGGCUAUUCCAUUCGUUCAUGUAGAGCACAGUUGCGGAUCGCACUGUUCACGUUCAAUGUUGCUUAGUGACAUACCCAAUUGCUUUCACUGUGAUCGUUAGGAGUCUGUGCAUUGUUAAUGCAUUUUCCGAUAUUUUUUUGGAUUUAGGAAAGAGAGUAGAAAAUUAAGAAUUACUCUUGUUUUUUUUUAUUUGAAUAAACACGCAAAUUUUUGUGCAAAUCUGGGGCCUAAGUAGGAGCUUACAGAACGUAUUAAUUGAAAAGUAUGAUUAUUGUGGAAAUCGUGUUUGAUGUGAAAAGUAAUUAAUUGGAAGUAUACAAUUGGCUAUGACAACGACGAUUGGAAAAGUGUCUUAAAUUUAAGUACUAUAAUAAAAGUCCAUUUUGCUUAACCACUACAUGCCCUUGGCAGAGUUAACUAGCAUGUUUUUACAAUACACAACCUUAACAGCUUUUAACUUGAAACACGUUUAUAUUUUAGUACAAACAGUUGUUACAAAAGUUUUAAAUGUCAAUAAAACAUAAAACCAAUU